CCCCCGGGCAGCCGGGCGGAGCUGGACGAGGAGAUGGAGAACGACAUUUGCAAAGUGUGGGACAUGUCGAUGGACGAGGAUGUUGCUCUAUUUCUUCAGGAGUUCAAUGCCCCUGAUAUAUUCAUGGGAGUUUUUGCCAAGUCAAAAUGCCCUCGCCUUACUGAAAUCUGUGUGGGAAUAUUAGGAAAUAUGGCCUGUUUCCAAGACAUAUGCAUGUCAAUUAGUAAAGAUGAGAACCUUGGCCAAGUAUUACUGCAACGUUUGUGUGAUUCAGACUCUCCAACACUCCUGGAAACAAGCAGGUUGUUGUUAACCUGCCUCUCCCAGCCUGAAGUGGCCAGUGUCUGGGUUGAGAGGAUCCGAGAAAACCCUUCCGUGUAUGACUGUGUUUGCUUUAUCAUGUCCAGCUCUACAAAUGUUGAAUUACUGGUAAAAGUAGGUGAAGUGGUGGACAAGCUGUUUGAUCUAGAUGAAGAGCUGAUGUUAAACUGGGUCAAAAAUGGCACUUGUCGAUCUGUGGGACCGUCUGGAGAUGAUUCUCCUGAAGAACUUCCAGAUUUUAAGAUUGUGCCUUGUAUACUUGAAGCAGCCAAACAAGUCCGAUCAGAUAAUCCAGAAGGACUUGAUGUUUAUAUGCAUAUUUUGCAGCUGCUGACCACGGUCGAUGAGGGUGUUCAGGCUAUUGUGCAGGCUCCUGAUGGAGGAAAAGAGACUUGGAGUUUGCUUUAUGACCUUGUUUGCCAUGAGCUUUGCCAGCCAGAUGACCCACCGAUCAUUGUGCAGGAACAGAAGACUGUAUUGGCCUCUAUUUUGUCUGUGCUGUCUGCUAUGUUUGCUUCACAGACAGAACAAGAAUACACCAAGAUGAGGAAAAAUAUGCCUCUGAUUGGGAGCUUAAUUCGUAUCUUACAAUACAUGGAGGGCUGUGGGAAGAGAUCUGUUGAUAACUCAAAUGAGUCUGAACAGCAAGAGGCUGGAAGGCCUGAUAUAAAUGAGGAAGAUUUCCAUUUAAAAAUUUUGAAGGAUAUUUGCUGUGAAUUACUUUCCAAUAUGCUUCAAGAACUGACCAAGGAGAAUACUUUAGAAGGACUACAUCAGGGACAUUUAAAUGAACAGACAUGUUCCUGUGCAUUUCAGAACUUAUUACCUCUGUAUUUUGCAUCGGUGGAGACUUUCCUAGAAGUUCUGCGUGAAGCUGAUCAGACACUUGCUGACACUCUAGAAAAACGUUUCCCAAGCUUGAAGGUUCAUUCCUAA